AUGCCGGCCCGCGAGCUGCGCAGCUCCUACGAUGCUCCUCCGAACAUGGCUCAUAGCGCUGGAACGAUGCUACUCAAAAAGCACAAGAUACUGCCACAUCCUCGAGAGCCUUUGUACUAUCCUUCGACCCCUCCGCCAAAGCCGCGCGACUUAGUGAUCGAAACACAAACCUCCUCUUCCACCGGCUCAGAUAGCUCGAGUCCUCCACGGUUAAAGCAUGCAUCCAGAAGGAUUGGGGCGACGGUCUUACCUCCAACUCCUCCAACGCCCCCAAACCACUCCCGACAGUCCUCAAGAGGCAAUCCUACACUUGCCCCAGCUCCCAAAUUUAAGACUACGUCCACCGCCAGCGUUGAUGCGCCCUCCACACCAACUACUCCCCACCAUUCGCAAAGCCCGCCAACUCCAGAUGUGACGCCUCCUCGGGCGAUGCCACUGGCGUUUCGGCCUCCAACCAGCGACCGAUACCCUUCAUCGCGUACUGAUUCAUUCAAAACUGCUCGAGAAACCCCAUACUCUUCCGACGAGGAUCAAGCCUCUACUGUGAGACCCGCUCUAAACUCUGCGCGAACGUCCGCAGCGGAAGUACCACAAUUACUCCGGAAAAUCAGAAAACGCAAGGAAGUUGGAUUAGGGCUAGGCCUGGAAUCGGACAACGAACGAACCACGACGCCUAGGCUGAGGAGAGGAGAAUCCGUUGUCUUUGAUGGAGAAUGGGCUGCAGGCGGAGAGGAGAGUGAAGUGGAGCGGGAAUGGGACGACAAUCUCCUAAGGAAUGUGACAGUUUGCAAAAGACCACCUGCGCAUCCAGAAACGCUACAUUUGUUUGUAGACGAAGCCACGGAAGAAGUAGUAGAAGACGACACCGUAUCACUAACUAGUGCUACAAGAGUCGUCCGAGGCCUCCCUCUGCAAGAGAGGAUUGCUAGGCACCGAUUAAUCAGAGACUCAGCCGAUCGAAGCUCAACCGAGAAUUUCGCUGAACGUAUCGCCUGGCCAGCGUGUGUGGCAGACCCAGAAUCGCCCCAAUCACCAGACGUGCGCCGAACCUCAACCAUGUCUGGCAAUUCGGUUUCUUCGGCAGUGGUUGAGGCGAUGGUUAUUGAUGGCCCUCCACUUCGGAGGAAAACCCUCCGGCACUCCAAGAAGCGUCUAGGGCUGAGAGACUUUAGCUCUGAUCAGUCAGGAAGGAGCUCAGCGCCAGAGUCGGUGAUAUCGAAUGAUCCUCGGCAUCGUCUUCACCACGCAGCUGCCAGGACCCCAGAGCGAAGGCACCGGAGCCUGGCGUCUAACACCACUUCUAAUACAACGUCAUCUGGUGGUCGAUCUCGAAAAGAAGUCACGAGGAAUGGGGGUAUCCCAGUAGUAGUGAUUCCGGAUCGUCGUUCAUCUAGCAAGACAAGGCCGCCAACUCUGAGGUCUACCAGCAGCAAGAAGACGAAGAGGAGCAAUUCGCUACAUGCGGCACCAAGGAUCCAACCGUCGAAAUACAAUGAGCCUGGGUACUUCGACAUGCGCCCAUCUCGAAAUCGUACCAUGUCGGACUCGGCUGGGUCUGGCCAUUCUAUACGGACAAUUGACUUUCCACCCAGCAUCCCUGCUAGACAAUCUUCACUCUCGGCCCCGACAAGUCGAAAUACUUCGAGAGCCGGGUCGCUUACCGCAGAGAGUCUCAAUGCCCAUAACAUGAUUCUAAAACAGAAGCAAGAAACUAUGGCUUUCGUCAAUCCUGAGCUAUUGCAGCCUCCUGUCGAGACUGAGAGAGAAACGGAAACUCAUAGCAAUCUUUUGAACGUAGAUCACAAUGGGGAUCCAUUUUUUGGCAAACGACUGUCUGCGCAAGCAACCCCGUUCUCUCAGACAUCUUAUGAAACUGCUGGGACUUCAGCAGAAGUCUCGGAAGCUAUGGCAGUGACUCUGUUCUCUCACCAGAACAGAUCGGUCCUAGUUGUGCAGCAUAGACCCUCUUCUGAAGACUCUCCGUCUACCCCAAAGCAACUGAACAUUUCCGAUACUCCUCCAGCAGAGAUGUCAGUCAACGAGAAUCUAGUCACGGGUGCUGUGACGCCACCACAGCCAUCCCAUCCCAUGGACGAGGUAGAAUCUCCGCUCAGAAACCCUCGUGAUCCUCCGGAACCCCCUACAAUCAAUUUCAUUCCACCUACGCCUGCAGGUCUCGCUCCUUGGCAGGAAGAGGAUCGCCAGCUGGAUUUUGAUAUGGACGAGCGACCUGUGAGCGCGGACGACAAAUCGAAACGGACGAUUUCAUUGUUGCGCCGUGCUUUCAGUAAUCGACGAAAGUCAGCAGCUUUAGUGCCGACUGCCGGCCUUUUGAAACGCACAUUUUCUCUGAGCGGAGGCCGUAGGAAUGUUUCAGAUAUGUCGACUCAGACGUCGAAAGAGCGAGCGAACCUUGUGACACUGUAUCCUUCUGUAGACGACCGGCCAGCAGAUGCGGGUAAAUUACAUCCCUUCUGGAGGCCAUCCCAUUUUUGGGACGAUCUUGAACGUGAGCGUUACUUCGAGGACGAGGAUUACGGAUACCCGCCGAUAGACAAUAGACCGUCGCCUUCGCAACGUACCCUGAGUCAAAAGCUCAAGCGUACUUUUGCAAUUUUGCCUAUCGAGGAAGACCGUUACCAUGAUACGCGGCCGCAUGCUACAGAUCGUAGGACUAUGAGAAGGACGAUUAGUGGAAGCAUGAAGGUGGUCAAGCAGAGGAGCAAUACGUCUUUGAGGAGAGACGGUAACCACAGGACUGUGUACAAGGAAGACCGCAUCCCUGUAACCGGACCCCCGCCGGGGAGUUUUGGCUAUGGAUUCAAAGACGGUAACGGUGGACGAGUACACACAAUCCCGGGUCUCGGUCUUCGAGUCGAGUACGUGGGCUGGAGCGGGAUGAGGAAUAAAAUUCGAGAGAAGAGAAGAGUGCAGCGGAGUGAAAAACUGCGCGCUUCCAUCAGUGGCCCUAAGAGCGUCAAGAAUGGAGUGGACGAUGUCUUGAGGCGCAGAGCAACUGCUGCUUGA